CGAUCUUGGCGGCGUAAACAAUAGCGCGCUAUUGUUUAUAUGUUAUUGUUUAUAUAGCCUUGUUAUUAUUCGCACGACGACACUUGAAUAGUAUUGUAGUGGGAAAGACGCUCCGUCGAAUUAUUUUCCUAAACGCGGUUGCGACAAAUAUUAAAAUAUAAUUUGCUACAAUCUACAUUAUAUUUAAAAAUCAGGAAAAAAAUUAUUAAGAAAAUUUAUUUCAUUUUACAUGCGUAUAUACAUAAAAAUACUUCAAUUAUAAUUUAUUAUUGCUGUAGUAUAUACUAGAAUGACAAAACAUCAUGCGCAACUAAUAAAACAUUAAUAAAUCCAUAAUAUUUCUCAGCAUUUUUGAUUCACAAUAUGUUUAGCACGGAUAUGCACCAAAAUCGGUCGUUUUAUCAUGGCAUUAAAAAGUGAAUUUGCCCAUGUAGUUCCGCCGGCUCUAAAAUGGAUCUAGUUAGCGCCACUGUAUUAGUUAGGAAAACGGUCUCAUAAAAAAACGGCGUGGCCCUUCUCAGUUUUCUCUCUGCUGUAAUUCAAGUGAAGGUGAAAAUUACAAAAAUGAGCGAAUUUAUUAGGUUUGGAUUAACGAAAUUAUAUAUUUUCCAGUAAAUUCGCUCAUUUUUAUAAUUUUUAAAAUUACGGAUGUUAUUAAAUCCGAUUAAAAGUGACGUAUGAACGUAGUCAUAAAGAAGAAAAUAAAGAACCAAUCAGGACAAAGGGAAAAAAAUUUGUUUCUCGUGAUUGGUCAGCCAAAUGUUUCGUGCUUUUAUCUCAUCAAAUAGAAUGCAUCUUCUAUGUAAUAAUCUUCUAUGAUUGUCUCAGUUCAUCGCAUCAUUCCGCGCCACUUUUGUUUAGUUUUGAACAACAAUAGUUUUGAAUUCGUAAACCGUCUCGCGAGUUUAAAGUUGAUAGUGUGUAGUGUGAUUUGAUUGUUUGCGAUUUCUGAAUUCUAAGGAAAAUCUAUUGCUGCUUCGAGAUAAAUCUUACGUUUAUUUGCGCUUGUGUUUAUCUCCAGCUCCAAAUAGGUUGCACAGAAGGAUGUCAUCACCUAGUCAUACAAUCACUUUCAGCGAAGCUUCCAGCUACCAGCUCGAAAAAGAUUCCUUCGAAUUGGUCGAUAUAGACAGCCAAGUGUGCAAGUUACAAGCGUUACUGGAAAACGAAGAUCUUGCUCUCAAUACGGAGUGCUUGCUACAAAUGUUGGAGCAAUGUCUCUCCAGAUAUACAGUUGAAUCGCUUGACAAGCAAGUUUUCAAAAAUGUUAUGCCGAAAGCUCAACAUUUUCUGUCACAAAUCGUGAGAUCCAUAGACGACACAAUAAUGGGCGAUAACGUGAAAAUCGAUGAUCUGGAUAGUGUUAUGCACAAACUGCGUAUCUGUGAUGGCGUGCUUGCCUUCUGGAAAAAAUGUAUAGAACAUGUAUCGACACUUGGAAAAGUUCGAGCUCCUUAUGUCACAUCGUUAUGCAACAUUUUACCUGAAACGAUAAAAAUCGUUUUUGAACAUUGCAAAACCAGCCCAAAGUACGGAAUUUUAUUGAGCGGUGCGAUGCAAGAAUUGAGGAAUUUGUUCACAAAAGGGGGCGCGAUCUUUAAGCUAUUCUUUGCCACUUUGAACAGCGUAAUCGUCUUCGACACGGAUGUGCAAUCGGAAACGGAGCUGUUGAUGAAAGUGAUCGAUGCGUACGGUAGCAUCGCCUCUAUCGCAAACGGGAUGGACACCAAGACGUUUGUUGAUUUAUCCGAGGCAUUUGCUAAAUUGGCUCUUAUUUAUCAUGACAAUAUCAAACCAAACAGUGUCGUGAUGCAUCUCGCUCAAAUGGCGAAAGAUGUGUCCCGUCUUUUAUCCACGAUCAAGGAUCAGAAGAACGCGGAACGAAGUAUAUUGGUUGCUAUGCGUUUAUUAAAAAUCCUCGAGAAAUUAACAGCUGUUUACAACGAAUGUCUCACAAACGAAACGAUGCUAUAUCUGGUGGAACUUUUGGCGCACAUGCACGGAUAUUCAUGCUUCAGUUUAACAAAAGCGGACGAAAGAACAAUUUCAAUCAAUGCUACAUCUUUCUUGGAUAUUAUCUUUAAUCACGAUGAUUUCAAGCAGGUAUAUUUUCAGUAUGGAAGGCAAAUUGCCUCACAUGAUCAACAUGUAAAUUAUCAUUUAUUGACAAUCGCUAUUAUGGAAAAACUGAACAACAUGCCAUACGAGAAUCAUUACAAAUGGUCUCUAGGUUCGGAUUCAAUCUUGGACGUUGCGCUAACAUACAUAGAAUAUCUCGGAGAAGAAAUUUGCGUCGGAGAGUUAAAAUUGCUAGGUACUCAUGAGAUUGGCGGAUCAUUACCGUUAAUCAAUGUUUAUGAGGCAACUCUGAUAUUUUUUUGCGAUCUUGUCAGUAAGAUUCGACCAGAAGACUUUCACACACUCGAGACACUUCUGCUAAAGUAUUUGUUGUGUGGCCACUUUUGGAGUUCUCUGCUAAGCUCAGACGUUUGGUGCUUUAUUGGCAGGCUCGGAACUUCGCAACUAUGCGCCGAUCAUAUCAAACAUCUGAUCAAAGUCUCCGUCAUUUUGAUAGAAAGACGUGACAGUAUAGAAGCGAUCAUGCUAGAUCACAUGAUUAUCAGUCUAUUUGAACUAUUGACUGAAGACAUGAAAUCUACUCUUCUCAAGAAUCUCGUUGAGACUAUGGAUAUAAAUAAUUACGUACCCAUCCUGUAUCUACUAGUAGCGAAAACUAAGGGUUUUACAUCGGAACGAUUGCGGCAUAAAUUCGAGGACUUGCCGAAGGCUUUUUUGGAUCUGCAAGAACACCCUUCUAUUUGCAAUUGGAAACGUCUUAUACAAUCUGUAUCCGCGAUGGUAGCGGUGGAUUAUAGCGAUAACAAGGACAUUAUUGAAAUCCUAACUAAAUUGUGGACUUUCGUGGAAGAUGCGAUUAUCAAGUGCGAAGGCAAACAAUUAGAUAUAGUAUCUGAUUUGUUCGUUAGCCUGCUCGACGCCACUCGUCUUGGAAGUCUUCAGGAUAACAUGUUUUGUUCGAUUUUAAAGUCUAUCGCGACCUCAUGCGUCUAUUUGCCUUCUCGGGGCAAAAUCAAGAUCUGCCAUUUUAUACGACGAUGCAGCGAGGAUCUCGAUCGUUGCGGAGUCCAAGGCGUAGCAUCCAUCUUGAUCGGGUUGUUCGCUCAUCUACUGGAAAACGAGAACCCCUGGGUACGUCAGGAAGCCCUGGAGACUUUCGAGCAUAUAGGACAAAGAUGCUCGGAGCAACUGAUCGCUAAAAUAGCGAAGGCUCUGGCUAAAAUACCCAACAUCAACAGCGUCAUGCAAGCUUACUUGUCUUCGAGGCCGUAUUAUUCCCUGGAAGGCUUCGCAAACAUGCAGGACUUUCUUAGAUAUUUGGCUGGAGCUAUCAAAAAUCGCGACGAGCACACAUGCUACGAGUACAAUGAAUCCGAGAGAGAAGAGAAGAUACCGAGGCUGGAAAAAGAGGAAAACUCAUCGUGCGAUGUUUUUAUGCCGAUAUUAAUACAACUGGACGAACGAGCCGAGGAGUUGUGCAAAGAAUUAGCGAAAGUGUUGGAAGGUCGAGCCGUUAUCAGCGAUGCCGUCUGCAGAAAAUUGAUAACUGUACUAGAAAAAAUUAUUCGAACGAAAUGAAAUUUCGCGGAAUUGAUAAGUUUGUCUUAUUUCACAUGAUAAAGGGGAUAAUCUAUCGGUGAUAAAGAUGAAAACUGGAAAUAGCAGUUUAUUGGAAAUAGUAGUGGUAAUUGAAAAAAGAACAAAAAAUAAAUAAAAUAUAAAUUAGAAAAAAAUUAUUCUGCAAAAGAA